CAUUGUGGGAGAAUGCCUCUCCAUCUUGUGUUAAUGUUGGCUUUGGCUGCAUCAGCUGUGGCCCAGACCGAACAGGAUGCUGCAGCCUUCUUGGAUACAUUCGACAAAGAGGCUUCAGCUUUGAUGUACAGUUACUCAUUGGCAUCAUGGGAGUACAACACAAACAUCACAGACGAAAACGCCAAUAAUCUGAAUGUAAUGGGUGCCAAGUGGUCUGAGUUUUACAAACAAGCAUCAGAAAACGCUUCCCGUUUUUCUCCUGAGACAAUUCAAAACUCCACUAUUAAACUCCAGUUGCAGCUUCUCCAAGACGGUUCCACUGCCUUACCAAAGGAAAAACAAGAACACCUAAAUCGAGUCAUGAAUGAGAUGAGCACAAUUUACAGCACUGGAACUGUAUGCCAACUAGAUGACCCCUUCAAUUGUUUAACAUUGGAACCAGGACUGGAGAAGAUAAUGGCCGAAAGCAAAGACUACUACGAGCGUCUGCAUGUCUGGGAAGGCUGGAGGGUUGAAGUUGGCAAAAGGAUGAGACCGCUGUAUGAAGACUAUGUUGACCUGAAAAAUGAGGCUGCAAAACUGAAUAAGUAUAAAGACUAUGGUGAUUACUGGAGAGGAAACUACGAAACCCUAGACAAGGAUUUGCCAUAUGCCUACACCCGAGAUCAGCUUAUGGAAGAUGUUCGAGAUUUAUACAAGGAGACACUGCCUCUGUAUCAACAACUACACGCCUACGUGAGGGCAAAGUUGCAAGACACUUACCCCGGGCAUAUUAGUCAGACUGGAGGUCUUCCUGCUCAUUUACUUGGUGACAUGUGGGGGAGAUUUUGGACAAAUAUGUAUGCUUUUGCAGUACCAUAUAAAAGCAAACCAGACAUUGAUGUGACCAAAACAAUGAACAGUCAGGGCUGGACUGUCGAUAGGAUGUUUAAGGAAGCAGAAUCUUUCUUCAUGUCUGUUGGCCUGUAUAAAAUGAAUGACGAAUUCUGGAACAACUCCAUGCUUGAGAAGCCUGAUGACAGGAAGGUUGUCUGCCACCCAACUGCAUGGGACAUGGGCAAUGGAAAAGAUUUCAGGAUAAAGAUGUGCACUGAGGUGAAUAUGGACCACUUCUUGACUGUUCAUCAUGAGAUGGGACACAUUGAGUAUGACAUGGCUUAUGCCAAUCAGACCUACUUGCUGAGAGAUGGUGCCAACGAAGGAUUCCAUGAGGCAGUGGGGGAGAUCAUGUCUCUGUCAGCAGCCACCCCCAAACACUUGCAAGCUCUGGGUCUUUUAUCUCCAAACUUUGAACAAGACCAUGAGACUAGCAUUAACUUCCUGCUCAAGCAAGCCCUGACCAUCGUUGGCACACUGCCCUUUACUUACAUGCUGGAGGAGUGGAGAUGGCAGGUCUUCCAAGGAACCAUCCCCAAGGAUCAGUGGAUGCAAAAGUGGUGGGAAAUGAAGAGAGAUCUGAUUGGUGUGGUGGAACCAUUACCCCAUGAUGAAACAUAUUGUGAUCCAGCUGCCUUGUUCCAUGUAUCUGGUGACUACUCUUUCAUUAGGUACUUCACAAGGACAAUUUAUCAGUUCCAGUUCCAGAAAGCACUGUGCGAGGCUGCAGGCCAUAGUGGACCUCUUUAUAAAUGUGACAUCACCAACUCUACGGCUGCUGGUAACAAGCUAAAGGCCAUGCUUCAGUUAGGAAAAUCAGAAUCCUGGACAAAAGCUCUGCAAAGUAUAACAAAAGAGACUAGAAUGAAUGCCCAGCCUCUGCUGGAUUACUUCAGUGAAUUGCACGAAUGGCUGAAAAAUGAAAACACUAUUCACAAUAGAAAGAUUGGUUGGGACUCAAAGUGGGAUCCAUAUUCAGAGAAUGCUUUAAAAGUGAGGAUCAGUCUGAUCACAGCAUUGGGAGAUGAUGCAUACACGUGGGAUGAAAAUGAAGUGUUUUUCUUCAGAUCAGCAGUAGCCUAUGCCAUGAGGAAGUAUUUUAAAGAAGAGAAGAAUCAAAUAGUUAACUUUGGUGUGGAAGAUGUUAUUGUCUAUAAUGAGAAACCAAGAAUCUCCUUCUAUUUUAUUGUCAGCGAACCGACUAACAAUUUAACUAUCAUCCCAAAAGUGGAUGUGGAACAUGCCAUACGGUUGUCAAGAGGCCGGUUUAACAGUGCUUUCCUCCUUGAUGAUAAAACCCUGGAGUUUGAGGGUAUCCUAGCAACAUUAGCCCCACCUCCUGAGCAGCCUGUCACAGUGUGGCUCGUUGUGUUCGGUGUGGUUAUCGGGAUUGUUGUGUUUGCUGGAGUCUACCUGGUCAUCACAGGAUACAGAGCUAGGAAGAGAAAAGCGAAGGAGCAAGAAGAAAAAGAAGCAUCACAAAACCCAUACAAGGAAGUUGGAAUUGAGAACAGUGGUUUUGCCACGGAAGAAAAUGAUCAAACACAAUUCUAAAUCACUUUUGAAAUGUUUAAAGUGCUGUAUAACAGUGAUAUGGAUCAUCAUCAAAGUAUUCAUAACUAUAUGUUUUUAUUGACUGCCGCAGAAUUUAAGAUUCUGCUGUUAACUGAGGAAACAUGACUUAUUGGUAUUACCUACAUUUUUAGAUUAAGUAUUAGGGCAUAGAAAAUUUGAAAAAUGAUUAUACAGCACUGACAAAGACAUCAUGUUGCCAUAUUUACAUUUUAAUUAAUAUGAUAACUAUGAUAACAGUUUUUUUUUAUUUUGUAUAAAAUGCUAAAAAAUAUCAAUUAUCUUUAUCACAGUUAAUAUUUGUACUUUUUAAAAUAACUCAGUGGCGCCAUAACAUAAAAAUGGAAUCAUCAGGAAAUUUUAUUUUUCAGUAAAAAUAUAUUUUAUAAAUAAGAGUUAAACGAUAUGGAGGAAUAGUCAGUGGGAACCUUACAAAUUAUCUUUAUAGUGUUGAAAUUUCUCAGUUUCCAAAGAUUUUGUUAAAAUGUGAUAUAUAAAAGAAAUGUCUCUUUUUAAUGUCUCUUUUUGUAGACUUGUGGGUGGGUAAUAGAUGAUCAUGGUAAGCACUUAAAGAUACGGAUUUACUCCAGUUUACACAACGAAGAAACACUGGCCUAGAUUUCAGGAGUUUUUUUUUUUAAUCUGUGUUAUGCUAGCAUGCAAUCAAACUUUCUAGGCGCUGUAUAUAUACGUUUACAUUAUUGCUAUCUAGAAUUUCAGUAUAUUGUAUGUGGACCAGCACAGCUAUUCACACAUUACGCUUUUUUAAACUCUUUUGCUAAUGUGUGUUUGUUGUAUGUAUUUUACACAUUUAUUUAUGAAUUGAUUGCCGUCGCUAGUACUGCACUGUAACGCUCAUUUGUGUGUGUGUGUUUCUUUCUGACUCCCCUAAGCCUAUACAUUUACACCACAUACUGUACAGUGCACAUAUUCCACAGAGCUGUUAGUUGGGUGUUGUCUGCAGGUGCCAUUGAGAUUGAGCUGAGAGUGAUUUCAAAUUGACACUGUUCAUUUCUAUAGGCAGCAUAGCAAUAUACAUGCAAUUUUUUGAACCACAAGUUUGGAAUUCGCUCUGAGAGAAUUCACCAAGGAAUUGACUAAACAAACCAUUUGCAAAUGAGUACAGUAAUACAAGACUCUAGACCAGUGCUGAGUACAGGCCCAAAACAAAGUAAACCCUGUAUAAUAAUAAUACUCUAAUUAUGAUAAGGGGAAAAGCUGCUGUUGAAAUGUGUUUGCAUCUCUGUCAUGUUCAC